UCAACCGCCGGCAAAUCUAAACAAAAAUAAGUACGUAGUUCAAAUAGACGGCACGUAGUCUACAAUGCUGGUUAAAAGAAGUGAUUUCGGGCAGUUAAAAUGGGCGUUAAGAAGUAGAAAUGUACCUCCUUUGAGCCACUUUUGGUUCAGUCUUUAGUAAUAAUGGUUGUGACACUGGAGCCUAUUAUGAGAAGUUUCAGUUAGCCUGCUAGCUGCAGCUAAGUGUCCGCGCCUCAGAGGGAUCUCUCGGCAGAUAAAUGUCUGCUAGACGGGCUCUGGUGGACUGUGCUGUGCUGUCUCUGCAAGAUGCCUGUGUGUUUUAUCCGUGCUGUAAAGGCUGCUUCUCAAGGAUUGAUGUUGAACAGCGGGAGGCGACGAGGUGUAGAUGCUAUAAGUGUGGUUACAGUUGUCUGAGGGAGCAGGUCGACUACAGAUACCGUCUCUCUCUGAGGGUGACCCGGGACGGAUGCAUAUUUGGAGUAACAGUGUUUGGAAGCUGCUUGAACCCAUUCUUUGGCAUUCAUGCCAGUGGUUUACAGAGGUUGGUGGAGAACUUGGAUGGACCAGUUGGACCAGCAACCAGAUCCACAUUGUUGAUGAAGGCUGUCGCGGAUUGCUUCAUUGGCAGACAUUUCAUCUUUGGCCUUAAGGUAACCGAAACACAAAGUGGGCCUUGGUUUGGGGGGCCUGUUGCAAAUGGCUCCAGGAGUAAAGACACAGUCCACUUUAUCGCCUAUCAGAUGAUUCUCCCCAAAGCUGCAGGCCUGGGAGGCUGCACAGUGGUCAGUUAUUAUCGGAUCCUUCUUCAGAAAGCUGCAGAAUAUGAGCUGGGAUCGGCUGAUUCCAGGAAAACCUCCAGGCCACCAGCAGCAACCCUUCUGCUGAUUCCUCGUCAUUCUCCAGCCAGUAGCUUCAGUAAUGACACACUUUGUGCCUCAGGUCUUUUCCCAUUACUGCAAAGUUGUUUUCAUUUUAGAUCACAGUACCAAGACUGCACCCUUUCUCCCACCCCUCCAUGGCAACAAUCACUAGGACUAGUUACUUCAUCAGCAGAGCAGGAGGAAGGCUGCAGUACCCAGGACAGUUGCAAUGAGAACAGCAGACAGACGGACUUCAACUUCAAAACACCACAUCACGCACAGAGAGGCUGCCUGGUGGACCAGAUGGUCACAGAGGAGACCGAGCAAUCACUUCUUCUUCCUUUAGAGUGCAGUUCUUACAGUUGUCCGUCGUUUGCCAAAUACUCACACUCGGCUAUCGAGAAAGCUGUUGGAAACAUCCCCAUCAUGAACAAUUGGUUAAGUCCCUCACCUGGCCACAACAGCUCCAAAGCGAAGGGGUUUUCUACCAGACAACCCACCGAAACAUCUUUGCCAAGCUCCUUGGUUUGGGAGGAUUUGCCUUUUUCUGAGAGUCUUACAGAGUUUUUGUGCAAGGCAAACAAAGAUUUUGACAUUGUUUGUGAAACAGAACCUCGACUAAACGUGAAAAAUCAGAAAGAAACAACAAGAGACAACCCGGAAAUCAGAUCACAAGACAGAAACAUAUCAAUUCAAUCAACUUCUGUUUGUCAAAGUAACACACAGAUGACAGACAGACACUCACGGAUAUUACAGAAUAUAACUAAUACACCUGCAGCAAAUGGAGGUGACAAACACGAUUUAUCUGACCAGGUAUGUAGGAACCCUUCUGGAUGUGUAAACAAGAGUGAAGCCAGAAACAUUUAUUCCCAUAAGAGUAAUCAGGAUGAGAAAGAUAGUUUACUAUCUUUUGAAAACGAUGAAGAAGAGCACUUUGAAGGCGACACGUACAAUUGUUCAGCAGACCUAUUCAGUAGCUCACCUGUGGUCGAUAUGAACAGAAACACGUUCAGCACACAUGCAGAAUCUGUCGGGACGACCCCAAAAGCUUGCCCAGUGCUUUUCAAGUCAGACAAAUGGCACCCGAGGAGUGAGACGGCAAAUGUCUCAUACUCAACACCAGAUGAACAGAAACUGGAAACGAAUACAUGCAUAAACAGAGACGGUUUAAUUUCACCUGGCACACAAGAUCUUAACUUCAUCCCUCCCUCGCAGUCCACUCCCAUUGUAAAAGUAGCUGUUGUAUCAGGGUCAUAUGCCUCCUCAUACAGAACCAUGACAUUAGGGGAAUUCAGUUCACAACCAGACACUCAAGAUUCUUGUGCUUUUGACAGAAAUCUGCCUGAAUUAGUAAGUAAAAAGCCAGCCAAAAUCACACCUUCUCUUUGUAAAUUAAACAGUGUCAGAGCCAACUUGCUCUCUCGGUGCGGCAGAGAGUCUACAAAAGAAAGUGUGGUGUGUAGUACGAGAUCAAGCAGACACAGCCACACAUUUACCCCCAAAAGGAGGUUCUGGAAACCAGACAAACAUAAACACCAUCUGAUGACUCAGCAGCACCUGAGGGGCCAGAGAGGGGUUCUAAACACAGGCUCAAUAGGAAGGAUCAAUCACAGAUGUGACUCAAGUGAUAGUGAUGUGACUGUGUGUGAUUAUGAGGACAGUGACACAGUUCUUGUUCCUCCCACCCCUGCUGCUAACACACGGCUGAGUGUGUUAGCAGCAGGCAGAAGAAGAAGGCAGCAGACUGAUGAUAGCAGCGGUAGUGUGGAUUAUACUUGGGAGGGGAAGCAGAGAGAUGGUGUUGAUUGUAAAAGAACUCUGUUGCCUCAAACUGUCACAUCUUCACAGAGAGGUCAGGCACAAAGAGGAAACUGUGACAGUGGGACUAUUGAUGAUGGGAGUCUGGACGGAUCUAAUUGUUACCUCCUUGAUGAUGAGAACCAGGCAUGUGAUUGGUCUAGAGAUCUGUUCUCUGACUCAGUCUGAGAGGUUCUGUUCAAGAUGGAUUUACAAAUUUUUUUUUUUUUUAAUGUAUUCAGGGCUGGCUACCCAACUUAUGAUUGUUCUGAAAGAGUACUACUACUACCACUGCUACUACCAACAGUACUGUUGCUGCUACUCUAAGACAGAUCUAAGAAUAGAGCACAUAUAUUAAACACUAAAGAUAGGAGAAAGGCUGUUUAAAAGCAACACAGGAGAAGUGUGAAUGCUCUUACAGCAGCAAAGGUGGGGCAGCUCUUAUUAAUGCCUCUGGUUUUAAAGAUAUUUUUAAACAAAUCACAUGGGUGUAAUGUGUGGAUUUCCACAUGCUUUUAUAGAUUUAUUUUAAAAUGAACAAUUUUCUACACAUGGUGCACUUUUUAAAUAAUCAAUGCUUUUAUUGUAAACUUAAAUGUUUAGAUCAGAUGAACUUUUGAACAUUGAGGUGUGUAAUUUUUACCUUUUUAAGUUAUGUGGGCCGUACUGUGAUACAUUAGUAAUUAUAUAUAUCAUACUUCUAAAGGUUUCCUACUGCUGCAUCUUCACUGCCAUUGCUGGCAUUAUUUACUGUCUGUUCUCCAUUGGUUCUACAACUUUCUGAAUGCUAUUAAAGUAAGGUGACUGUAAAAGUAUAAUAUGUGUAUGACUGGGUAAAUAUCUGAUAAAUCAGUUGCUUCUGCUACAUCUAAUGACCAUUCAGGAUUAAAAUAUUGAAAUGUUUGACAGAAA